CUAGUUGCCACUCAAACUCAAAUAGCAGGGACGCAGGAAAGAUGCCCGCAUCGCAAAGUGGAAUUGGCAGCUUUUUCUUGGAGAGGAACAUCAGCAUGCCGACUGGAUAUCAGAUCCUGGGUCUGCAGCAGCAGCAGCAGCAGCAGCAGCAGGCUCAGCACCUGGCCGCCAUGGCAGCUGGGAUUCCUCUAACUUACUCAGGACUACAGGGAUACAACUUCAUCCCCUACGCGCACCACAGGCACAUCACACACAUGAACAACGGGUUCGACUUGAAGGCCGCUUCUCCAUACCACCCCGCUCUCCUGGCUCGUGGGGGGGCUUUCUACACUCCGUACCGCCCCGGAGCAGCCGAUGAUCCCGGUAGAGUCGCCAAAGUGGCCACAAGAGAGAGCACCGGGGCGCUGAAGGCCUGGCUGAACGAGCACUUGAAAAACCCGUACCCCACUAAAGGCGAGAAGAUCAUGCUAGCCAUCAUCACCAAGAUGAGCCUCACGCAGGUCUCCACCUGGUUCGCGAACGCACGGCGACGCCUGAAGAAGGAGAACCGGGUGAGCUGGGCGUGUAAUAAGGGGAAAUCAGACGAGGAGGAGGAGGAGGAUGAUGAGCUGGAGGGAGAGAGCGACGAUGCGGAUAGUUCAAUGCAGAACCUGGAGGAGGAAGAGGCUCAGAUCGACCCUGCAGACACCGAGGAGAAGCAGUUGGAGAGCCCGGCCUCUGUGGACGCGCGUCUGGAGCCAAGCAGCGAGCAGGAAGACAGGAGAGAACUUGCACUUGUCAAGAAAGUUGAGAAAAGCGACUCUGAUCACACGAUAUCCGCUUUGGAGAGUAAAGAAAUCAGCCAGAAACCCAAAAUCUGGUCUUUAGCUGAGACCGCCACCUCGGAGACUGUGAAGAAACCCCUGGACAGUUUUUACAACCCGGCAGGAAAACUGUGGGCAGAGUGGGCUUCAAGAAACGGGCUGUUUGUUCCGUCAUGCUACAACACUCAUGAAGUUGUCUAAGAAAGUAUUUAGACACACAUUAAGAGACUUUUUUCCACCUCCUAUUGCACUUUAAACUUUCAAACCUCAGGGAUUUGGUCGCUUAUUCCUGAAGUUUGCAGUGAAAUAAAUCUGCUCUGAGACCAAAGAUUACACAUGUCAUUGUAAAUAAAUGUAGAUGUAUUUUUCCACAACAAACAUGUAAAUUAAAUGUCCUUUGUCUAUUCAUGAAGAAAUAUUUUUGCUUAAAUAAAAUUCAGCUUCUAGUGAAAUUC